AUGUCAAACAUAAUCCAGACCACUACACAUCUCGGUGAAAUUCGCGGGGAAACCACGAAUGGUGUCACCCAGUUCUUGGGUAUCAAGUAUGCCACCUUGAAGAAUAGACUUGCAGAUGCAGAAAUAGUCGAAAGGCGCGCUGGAGGCGUUCUUGACGCAACUAAAGAUGGCGCGAUUCAACACACCCUACCCAAGAAGGAGCUCACCCAGUCGGAUGUGGACUGUCUGAACCUGAAUAUUGCUGUCCCUGCAGGCACUUCUGCGCAUUCGAAACUUCCCGUUUUUGUCUUCAUCCAUGGCGGUGGUCUCAUGAUUGGGGCGAAUUCCUGGCCUCAGUUUGACUGCGAGCGUUUCGUCAAGUUGUCCAUUGAAAGUGAACUACCAAUUGUUGCGGUAUCAAUCAACUAUCGUCUAGGACCAUUUGGAUUCUUGACCUCCGAUGAACUGCGCAACGCUGGGUAUAAAGCCAACAAUGGGCUUCGGGAUCAGGGGGUGGCUUUAGAAUGGGUAAGCAGGCACAUUGCAGACUUUGGAGGGGAUCCCGAAAACAUCACUGUCGCUGGGAUGAGUGCUGGAGCAGCCUCCGUCACAUUCCAUCUCGACUCCGAAACACCGCUAUUCAAACGCGCUAUUUUGAUGAGUGGCUCUCGGUUCUUUGUCCAGGCUCUGCCAUACGACGCCCACGAGGGAAACUAUCAACACGCGAUGUCGGCACUUGGAUUGCAAAAUGCUACGUCGGACGAAAGGAUCAAGGCCCUUUUGGAAACACCGGGCCAAGAUCUGCUUGCUAAACUUCCUCCAUCUGUUUUAACUUCUCCUGCGGUUGAUGGAGAUAUGGUUCCGUCUGCCGUAACAUAUGCACAGGUAGCUGAUCAGACAAGCGAUAUCCCCAAGGGAAAACAGUGGUGUCGCGAUUUAUUAAUUGGUGAUGCCCAGUAUGAUAUCAACAUUCUCGCCAUCCUACUGCCUCAUUUGAAGAACGCAUGUGCAGGGCGAUUUGCGAAAGCCAUUCACUCCGUCUUUCCCUCCAAGCAAGAACUAGCGACACAGAUAUUGGCAGGAUACGGGUUGACUGCCGAAACUACGGACGAUGAGGCUUUCCCUGCGGUUCUCAACUACCUUAACGAUAUCUUCAUAUUGGCGCCAACGCUGACAUACACGCGUGGGUGGAAAGGGCAUACAAAUGUCUACUACUUCAACGAGGGAAAUCCUUGGGAUGGACCUUGGAAGAGCAAGGCUGGCCACAUAUUGGAUGUCGCUUACCUGUUCCAGAAUUUUAGAGAGUUCUUGACUCCUCCGCAGCAGAAGAUAGCAGCUGCGUUCGCAGUUGAUUUCUUCAAGUUUUGCCAUGGCAUUAGACCAUGGCCUGCCGUGAUAGACGGCGACAUCGAGAAAGGAUUUACGGCGCGAGUCUACGGGCCCUCCUCUGAGGGAGAGACAGUUGCACAAGUAGCUCAAGCCUUUGGUGACCACACCCGACGAAGGCCGGUUUUAUUCGAUCUAUCUGACGGAGCGUCCUUGGAUGAACUGGCAAGGGUCGCUGCCGUAUUUAUGAGAAGUUGCGACUCCCUUAUUGAACAGGAUGAACGCCUAGACUUCAUUUAUUAUUCCUUUCUCAACAAACCAACUCUACUACUUUUUCUUCCGCACACGGACCUAAACAUCCUAAUUAUUCCUAUUGUCUCAUUCUUAUACUCUCCUAUAAUGCAGCAGAGAAGAAUGCUCCUUCCAGGAGAACCUGUACCUUACGACCCUUCACGCCCAUGGUUUCCGCAAUAUGGUGCCGGCAAUGGAGAAGGGACUCCCUACUUCCGUGGCAACAUUAUAAUAUUGAAUUCCGUCAACUACUUCCAAGGCCAGCCAAUAACAUUGACAUGCCGAAUUGUGGACGUGCAUAAACCCUUUUGGAAGGCGUGUGCGGUGACCGUCCAAGUCGAGGGACCUCUGGGCACUUUAGGCGGAACACUACAGGUCAGAAUGUUCGACAGACGCUUUACACCAGGCAUGCGAUUGAGGUUUGGCUGUCCGAAUUGGUGCCAUGCCAUCGAAGCGGGAUAUCGGUAUUAUGGGUCAUGGCCAGCCAUGCCGAAUGCACAGCCAUCAAGUAAUCCUGCAGGCAGUCAAGAUCCACAAAAUACUCUCAGCUUGAAUCAAAGAGAAGAGCAUCUCCAAAGGGCCAUGAUGUAUUACUACGAGACGGAACUGCAAGCGUACAACAAUCUUCGUGACCUUCAAGUGGGACAUAUCCCCAAACUGCUUGGUACUGUUACGAUGGCAUGGCAAGUAACGAAUGAAAUGGGGUACACCUUCUUUGGAUCUUGCCCUGGAUUGAUUUUCGUUCCUCUCAUCGGAACCCCAUUCCUCGAUAUGCACUACAUCUUACAGCACACAUGGCAGUUCAUUUUCAGGGAUCUUUGCAACAUCAGACAGAUUCUGCAGAGUCGAGGCUGGCAUAGAAUUGAUACGACCCCGAGGAAUCUUCUCAUCGUUCCAUGCCAUCCCUGGGGCCUCUUCAAAGUGGUACUGCACAGCCUGCAAUUGAACGACGGGCCUGGUGAAACUGGGACAUCGAUCACAUUUACACCUUGA